AUGUAUUUUAUAAUUAAAUUUUAUGAUCAAUCAAUUGAUGUACAGUCGAAAGUUGUUACUUACAAAAUAUUGUGCAUUGCAAGAACCUUAAAUAAUCCAGUCCAUAUAAUGACUUAUCAUUGGUUGAUUAGUAUACAAAUCUCAUUGUUAUUUGUUAACUGCUUAUGUAAUGGAUCAGAAUGGUCUUAUUCAAAUGUAUUAACUGGACCGGAAACAUGGAAUCAACACUACAGAAAUAUGUGUUCCGGUUAUUAUCAAUCACCAAUUGAUUUGAAAUCAGAUAUAUCUAUACUUGAUUUACGAUUAAAAACUGUGGUAAUUUAUCAAAACACAUCAGUUGCUGAGACCACUACAAUUACAAAUAAUGGUCACUCAGCUGAUGUUACAUUUUCACAAAACACUUGGUUUAUAUCAUUUGAUGGCUUACGUGACUUUAAAUAUGAAAUUGCAAAAAUGCAUUUUCACUGGGGUAAUACUGAUGAUCGUGGAUCUGAGCAUACUAUUGAUGGAAUUAGAUUUCCUUUAGAAGGACAUAUUGUAUCUUUUCGAAAAGAGAUGUAUUCUUCACUCCAGGAAGCUAUCGGUCGACCAGGUGGACUUGCUGUUCUUGGUAUCAUGCAUAACAUUGUUGAAUCAAUAAAAUCUGACCAAACAGUGUUCAAGGCAUAUAACAGUUUUUCUGGUGUAUUGAAUUCACAAUUCGUUCCUCCAAAUGCUUUGACAGUUGAUAAUAUGAAUUUAUCGCUAAUUCUAAGCUUCUUGAAUCCUAGUCGUUAUUUUCGCUAUUUUGGUUCACUGACAACUCCACCAUGCACAGAAAAUGUUCUUUGGACUGUUUUUAUGGAUCCAGUGCCAAUUACACGUGAACAGGUUAAUCUAUUUCGUAGUUUACCUUAUGGUCCAAAUGAAAAACAAACUACUAUGGGUGAUAAUUUUCGUCCUAUUCAAUCAUUAAAUCCACCCGAUACACUUGCACCACGUUCUCUAUAUCGAGCUACAGCAUCAAGUCUUUCAUUAUUAUCUUUACCAGGUUUAUUAUGUAUCAUGUUGACCAGUCAACUUACUGUGAUAUUUUCUUAAUUCAUUUAAUUCAAAACUAUUUAUGUCUGAGAUAUUUAGCUUCUUCUAGACCCAAAUUAUUGCUCUUUCAUUCUUUGAAUUAAAAACAAAAAGAGGAUACUUACCCAUACUACUUUAUAGAGUAAAUUUUCUUGCUUUAUUUAUUUUUUCUUUAUUUGUUUUCUAAAUUUCUCAUAUUUUGUAAAUAACUUAAUUGGUCAUAUUCCAAAACAUUUUGAAGAUGUGUUAUAUUUGGCUUGAUUUCACAUCAUAAUGUUUAUUUUAUUAGAUUAAUAUGAUUAUGCCAUAUAUGUAUCUGUAAGAGUUCCUUGGUCAAUAGCCUCGUUAGUUACUGUCUACUACUUUUAGCUCUUAAUUAGUUGGUUAAUAUUUUCCUUUUCAAGAUUCAAGAUGAAGUGGAAAAAAAUAUUAUGUAUUCAUGAUUCAUUCAUUGUAGUUAAUUAUCAAUGAAUAAUAAAAAAGAAAUGACAUUUCAUCUAAUGACUUUAUUCUGUUGAGAUUUUGUAAUUCUCUUUUAUUUUUACCUGAAAUUUGGUUACGAAGCAUAUUGUAAGCCAAUACAAUAGGUAGGAGGAAAGUAUAUUUAUUGUAAAAAGUUACAAUUUAUUUACACAAUAAUUAUACAUAGCCAUUAUUCG